UCAGGGACAUUUAUAGACAUCGGGCUCGACAUUCACGUCGACCUCGCUAGCGGACGGAGCGCCAACGAUGUUCAUGUGGGAGACCAGAGUGUAAUAAGAUGGGGUUUGGUGUAUUCUGUCGGUGCUUGUGGAUUAUUGGUUUAAUUCAAAUUAGUGAUGCGCAAAUCCGUUUUCGAAAUCCAUGGAUAAAUGUUGUUCGCCGUCAUUCAUGUUCUAUCGUGGAGUGUAAUUUCGGGGAGACCUGCGACCUUUCCUAUCAGAACUGUAGGGAGUCAGGUCCAUGUUUUCUGAAGGAGCCAUCGUGUGUCAAUGUGUUUGACCUUCCUAGAGAGGGCACCUGCCCUGACCCUCGGGUCAACAUGAUUCAGCAGUUUUCUGUCGACUGUUUUGACGAUGCCGGAUGUGACGCACCACAAAUCUGCUGCCACAGCUUCACCGGAAGUUACUGCUGGUUUCCAAGAACGCGGCAAACCGUUCGAUCCCUUAUCCCGCGAUUCACCAACCGAAGUGUACAGAGGAUUCUAGAGAACGGAACAUUCGUGGAGACGCCGCGCGACGACGGAGGUGACUUUUUCCCACCGGAACCACGUUUUAUUGGAAACCUUCCCGUUUUUCAGGAGCGACCGACGGAAACAAAUGGAAACGAUAACACUGUGUUUAUACUUAGAGAUCCCCAGCUUGGGAACGAUAGAAUUAUCUCCACAGUCAGGGGUCAAGACGGCAAUAACGUUCUCAGAAACGGCAACUCUCAGUUCGUCAAUAAUCGACUUCUUCCGGCAUUCCGCGAAACACAACAAGACCUUAACUCCGGUUUCUCCGUGUUUUCAGAUCCACCAGGGGGCGCGCUGAAUAUGAUCAACUCGAUAGAGACGAGAAUUCCGGAGGAAUUUACCACUGUGCAGGCCAGUAACCUAAUGGUUCCACAGACUAAUAGACAGGCCAUUCCAUUCCGUUCGCCUAACACAGCACUCUCUAUACUGAGGAAUCGGGGACAGAAUCUAGGAGUUAACAUGUUCAGUAACCAGUCUCCGGCGGGUAUACCCAUCCUAAUGGAGAGUCAACCUAUUGGAACUACACGAACUAAUAUCAGAACCAGACCCAUUUUAUUCCGGCAAGGAACAACAUUGUGAAAUGGAUUUAUAUGAUAUUAUCCUUACCAAGACCAGUUGUGACUUUAAGUAUCAACAUUGGGACUUGUUUCUUUGUGUUAGCAUUCAUUUCUUUAAAAGUCAUGAUGACAAAGCAUUCGUUAAUAGCACAAGAUACAGCAUAUCUUAAACAUAAUUUGAAUUGAUAGCUUGAAAAAAGAAACGAUUCUUAUAUAACAAUGUUUAUACAUGUAUAAAAUACAUACACCGGCCUAAUCAUGAUGUGGUUUGGAAAAAGCCAUGUAACUUGAACAAUAGGGCAUCUACCUAGUCCCCCUGUUUGUCUGUUUAUUCAUUGUGUAAGUAUAUUUUAGGUAUAUAUACGUGUUUCCGAUCUAUCAAUCGAAAUAAAAUAUGAUUGUUUUCUGGUAUGACCAUGUGAAUAAAUUUGUAAUAAUGGUGUUAAAUAUAGUCUCCAUAUUGAAAUAAACAUCCAUUAAUUCGGGAUCACUCUCUCUCGCCGACCUUGAUACCUGUCCA